AUGCAGUACAGUUGGCUGCCACAGGAGCGACGUAAGCUGGUGAUACGCGAGAAGCCGCCGCUGGUCAUCUCCAGCAAGCGACUCGAGCGACUGCAAGUGAAUGCGCAGCAAUUGCUGAAGCAGCAGCAGCUGCAGCUGCAACAGGAGCGACAACGCCAUGAGGCGCAACUGCGUUCAGCUGGUGAGCAGCUCGUGCUGCAGUUUGAGGGACGCAAGCUGUGCCAGACAGAGGAGCAGCAGUUCCGCAGCGAGCAGCGGCAGUUGCAGCAGCAACAAGCGCAGGCCAAGCAGCAAGCGCUGCAGGAGAAUGCGGCGCUGCGGCAGGAGGAACAGCAGCGACAACAGCAGCGCAUAGCCAAGGCGCAGCAGCUGCUGGAGCAACUGCGUCCAGGGCCACGUGAACUGAACGCUGCACGGCUGCAAAGCGAAGUGCUGCGUGGCAUUAAUGCGCAGCGUGAGCUGCAGCAGAAGUUUGCGCUGGUGCAGCAAGAGCAGCAGGCGCAGCAGCGAAAAGUUUACGAGGCACAGGUGCAGCAAGAGCUGCAGGCAGCGCAGCAGCAGCACAGCGAGCGGCAGCAGCAGCUGAGCGAGCACAAGCGUGAGCUGUGCUUGGCCAUAAAGCAAAGAGAGCGCGAGCGUGAAGCGUCGAAAGCGCAGCAAAUGCAAGAAGCGCAGCUGGAGCGACAGCGCAAUGCGCAGCAGCUGGCAGCGCAGCAGGCAAAGCAGCGCGCAGCGCAGGCAGCAAAGUUGCAACAGCGACGCGAGCAGGCGUUGGCUUCACUGCAGGCAGCGCAGCAGCGUCAGCAGCGACUGCAAAUGCUGGAGGAAGUGGAGCAGCUGCAGUGCGAAGUGCAUAACGAGGCCAAAGCGAAGCUGGAGCAACUUAAAGUUGAAGGCGCAGCGCAGCGCGUGCAGCGGCGACUGCAGCGCAAUGAGCAGCUGGCGCAGCAGCUAGCGCCGCGACUGCACUACAGCGCUGGUCAAGAUGAGGCGCGCUAUGAGCAACAGCUGCACGAAAUGCGACGCGCAUGGAGCGUUGAGCAGCAAACGCGCGAGCAGCGGCUAAAGCAGUUGAAGCAGCAGCGCCUGACGCAGCAGCAAGCAGAGCAGCAACAAGCGCUGUCAGCGCAGCAGCGUCAAGCAGAGCAGCGCAGCGAAGCAGUGCAGCGCAGACUGCAGAACGAACAGCUGAGCGUGCAGUUCAAGCAGCAGCAGCGUCAACAGCAACUGCAGCGUCAACGCGAGCUGCGUCAACAGCUGGACAAGCAGUCGCAGCAGCGAGCAGCGCAGCAAGCGCGUCCAGGCAUCAACUACAAUCGCGAUGCGCAGCUGGAAUGCAUGCGUGAGGACAUCUUCUUCUUCGACUAUGCGCGCCAGCUAAUGACAACAGCCCAAUCCCAGGGCUGCCCGCUCAAGCCAUUCACGCGUGUUGUGGGCCAAUACAAACUGGAGAAUCGCAUUGGCGCGCAGGUGCGCGUGCCGCCGCAUAUGCGCACCAAGCUGAGCAUGGGCAGACGCACGCAAGGCGACAGCUCACAGCUGGCCCAGCAGCCAGCGCAGCCCGAG